UCAUAUCGACGGCAGCGGACAGCCUUCAACUUCGCACCGGGGUACCACAGCAUAAAACGCAUUUGUCGCCACCAAACCUUCCCGGACCUCCUUUGGGAGACAGGAGCAGAGCAAACACAGCAGCCAAUUGGCUUUUAAUCAAUGGAGCUAUUUGUAAGAGCCCGCGAGCCGUUCUAGGUAAGGUCUCGUUAAAGAUAGCAGUUUGUGUGGGCUGCCGUUGGCUCCGGUGUUGUGAAAGUGACUGCAUAGAUUAAACAAGACCUGCCGUGCUUCAGCAGCCGAGAGCGGACCGGUGGAGAUAUCUCAGACCGAAGAGGCAGCCGGAUAAAGGUGACCGGGCAGUUGACCUAACAAGUUUUGCCGAGGAUACUGGGAGGAACCAAUUCUUAAAAUGCCCGUGGCAACAUCCAGCUCUGACUCUGCCAUGCAUCAGGCCCUGGACACACUGAGUGACAGCACAAGCUCCACGACUGCCAAUGACCUGGACCUCAUCUUCCUUAAAGGCAUCAUGGAGAGCCCAGUGGCACAUGAGCAGUUUGAGGAACCCAAGCUCGAGGCCGUGAGGGAGAACAACGUGGAGCUGGUCCAGGACAUCCUCAAGGAGCUCAACCCGCUCACAAACAGGAGCCAGGCAGCCGACGAGUUAGUCCGCAUCCUGAAGGAGCCUCACUUCCAGUCCCUCCUGGAGACCCAUGAUUCCGUGGCAUCCAAAAACUAUGAGACACCUCCCCCCAGCCCCUGCUCUUUCAUGGACGCAGCCCUCAACAACCAGCCCGUUCCCCCAGACGCAGUCAGGAUGGUGGGCAUCCGUAAAGUGUCUGGCGAGCACCUGGGAGUGACAUUUCGAGUGGAAAGCGGCGAGCUGGUGAUUGCCAGGAUCCUUCAUGGCGGCAUGAUUGACCAGCAAGGUCUGCUGCACGUGGGUGACAUCAUUAAGGAGGUGAACGGCAAGGAGGUGGGCAACGACCCCAAAGUGCUCCAGGAGAUGUUGAAGGAGGCGAGUGGCAGUGUGGUGCUGAAGAUCCUGCCCAGCUACCAGGAGCCACACACACCAAGACAGGCCUUUGUCAAGUGUCACUUUGACUAUGACCCAUCCCACGAUAAUCUGAUUCCCUGUAAGGAAGCAGGGCUGAGCUUCAACAGUGGAGACAUUCUGCAGAUUUUCAACCAGGAGGACCUCAAUUGGUGGCAGGCCUGUCACAUAGAAGGAGGCAGUGCAGGCCUAAUUCCAAGCCAGCUGCUCGAGGAGAAGAGGAAAGCAUUUGUGAAGAGAGAUCUGGAGCUUGCUACCACAGGUCCUUUAUGUGCUGGGAUGGGCGGUAAGAAGAAGAAAAAGAUGAUGUAUUUGACCACCAAGAAUGCAGAAUUUGAUCGUCACGAGCUGCGGAUAUAUGAAGAGGUUGCCAAGGUCCCGCCCUUCAGGAGGAAGACACUGGUUCUGAUUGGUGCACAGGGGGUAGGCCGUCGCAGUCUGAAAAACAAGCUGCUGGUGUCGGAUCCCCAGCGGUAUGGCACCACCAUCCCCUUCACCUCCAGAAAACCAAAGGUGGACGAGAGGGAUGGCCAGAUGUACUCCUUCAUGACCCGCAGUGAAAUGGAGUGUGACAUCAAAAACGGUCGUUUCUUGGAGCACGGCGAGUAUGAUGGGAAUCUGUAUGGCACUAAGAUCAACUCUAUACAUGAGGUGAUCGAAACAGGCAAGAUCUGCAUCCUGGACGUCAACCCACAGGCUCUUAAAGUCCUGCGGACGUCAGAGUUCCUGCCCUAUGUUGUGUUCAUCGAAGCCCCGGAUUUUGAGGUUCUCAAAGCUAUGAAUAGGUCAGCGAUUGAAUCAGGAGUGGUCACAAAACAGUUAACGGACUCUGAAUUAAAGAGGACGGUGGACGAGAGUGAGCGCAUUAAGCGGGCCUACGGACAUUACUUUGACCUCUGCAUCGUAAACGACGGCCUGGAAGCGGCGUUCCGAAGUCUACGGUUGGCGCUGGAGAAACUAUCGACGGAGCAGCAGUGGGUGCCCGUCAGCUGGGUCUUCUGAAAGUCGCCAAGAGCUCACCAGCAAGGUGCCAGGGGCCACAUGUCGGAGGUCAGAGGACGGUGUGGUAGCUCGGGAAGGGGUUGUCUCCAUGCAGUCACCGGUGGUGGAGGUGUGUGGUGAAGGGCCGAGCGUCGUGAUUCAGUGCAAAUGACCAGCCUCAUGUAGAGCGUUUUUGUACAAAUUUAGUGUUCCUCUGUUGAGCCUAAUGUCAAGUUGUACUUUAUUUGUUAGAACCGGAAUCAUUUUAUUGACAUUUGUUGAGAAGGAUUUAGAGUUGACAAUGAGCUUUAGUGCAAUAGUGUGAGUGAGUGUGUGUGCGCUAUCAUAAACGUGGACAUAGACUUAGAGUAAAGAAUGUGUUUUGCAGAUAGCAGUGCUCUAUUGAAGGUUUUCGUUGAAGGAUAUUAAACUUUUUAGCCUUUCCUACUUUAUGUAGUGUAAUGUUUACAUUGGAUUGGUAGGACAGAUUGGUGAGGGAAAGAUACCAAAUGUCAUAUUUGUGAUAAAAAAAAAACCUCUAUAUUUUACCAUUUGAUCAUACAGUAUGAUUGUAUGUGUUCAGAAAUGUGCUUUACAUUGUGCGUCUCCACUCAUUUGAAAAACGAACAGCAAUAGAUAAUUUUAAACAAAAACAUAAAUACGUGCAAUACAUCUACUCACACACAAAUAAACACACAGACACUACAAAUAUACAUUUUGUGUUAAUCUUGCCGUCU